AUGCAUCUUGAAAUCAAGGCUGCUCUGAGUUUCAUCACCUUCCACCUGUAUAACAAGCUCCCCCGAAGACGGGUUGACCAGUUUGGGGAAGAGCUAGAACAGCUGCUACAGAAGAAAUAUGAAGGCCACUGGCACCCAGAGAAUCCUCUGCAGGGGUCAGGCUAUCGCUGUGUUCACCUGGGAGAGAUAGUGGAUCCUAUAGUGGAACUGGAGGCCAGGAGAAGUGGACUGACUGUAGAGGAUGUGCAGGCCAGUAUCCCUGCAGAAUUGAACGUUUGGAUUGACCCAUUUGAAGUUUCCUACCAACUUGGGGAAGAAGGGCCAGUCGAGGCAGUGUACCUGAAGGACAGUAAGGGUUGCAGCAUAGCAGAGAUGCAGAAUAAGAGCAGGAGCCGGCUCAGCCCUGAGGCCCAGGCGUUUGUCCCUACUAGAAGUCAGAAUAUCUUCUUGUUCAGCCCCCCACCUCCAUCUUCUGACCAGUCUUUUAGUCCAACCUUCACCGCCACUACUUUUGCAGCUACCAAGUUUGGCUCCACUAAAGUGAAGAAAAGCAGCAGAAAGUUGAGUUGGGGCAUUGUUCACCCAGCAAAAUAA